UCAGUUUCUUUCAUGUUUUAUAAUAAUUCAAAUAUUCGCAGAUAAAUUUUUAAAUUCUAUAUAAUAAAUAAUUUGAUACAAUGACAACUAAAAAAAAUGGAGCAGAUAUCAGGCGAACAGAGUUGGAGCAAUGCUGUAGAAAAUUAAAAGUAGCAGAAACAAAAUGCGGCUCAUUGAAAUCUAAAAUAAAUUAUAUGAAAAUGUAUUGUCAAAUUAAAACAGAUAAGACAAAAGUAGAACCGAUAAUUGAAACAAUUACUGAUAAUUCUCAAGAACAUAAUUUAAUACCAGAAAAUUCUAAAACAUAUUGUAACAUCAAUCUUUGUGAUUCAAAUGUCAAUGAUAUAACAAAUCCAAAUUAUUUUAAUUUUAUACAAGAAAAUAAAAAUUCUGAAGAAAGAAUUCAAGGAGACAAUGAAAUGAAUAUGUGUAACGAAAAAGUAUCAAAAGUAGAUGAAACUGAAAAAUUGUAUAGAAUGCUUGAUUCUAUUUCUGUUUGCUCAACGUUAAAAUCGACUACACAUGAAACAAAAGAGGAAGAGAAAGGGAAAGAAAAAAAGGAAUUUUUGGAAAAUAUGAUUUGCGAUGAUAAAAAGCAAGAGAUAGAAUAUAUGACGCAAAAGAAUAUUUUUUCUUUUAAAGAACCAAAUGAACAAUUGAUAAUAAAUAAUCCAACCGAAUGGACCAGUCAAAUUUCAUCUUUUACAAGUCCUGAUAUUAAUUUACAAAAAUUAAGGUUGAAUAUUUCUAGUAAUAUAAAAAGUUCGCAAAUGUCCAAAUGUAGAAGUUUAAUCAAAGGAAAUAAGGAGUCUGCAAUUAAUGCUGUUAAUAUAGAUAAAAAACAAUCUACUUGUAAAGGCGAUCAAACAAUUAAUAACAAAAUUAAGAAGAGACGAGGAAAAUUACGUAAUAUUAAUUCGAAAAGUACAGUAGCUACCAAAGAAAUGAAUUUAACUGCAAGAAAAGAUGUUAGAAAACCUAAACAGAAAAAUCAUAGAACAAAUCAUCAAUUAUUUGAGCAAUAUGUACCAUCUUCUAAACUUCAACACAAUUGGAGUGGAAUAGUAGAACUUUAUCAUAAUGCUGCUAUGAAGAGUGAUAGCAUUUCUGCAAUUUCCAGUAAACUUGAAGUGAAAAAAAUGAACAAACGGCUAAACAAUGGUCAAUGUAAUAUACAUAUAAAAUUACCUCACAUUUAUAAUCAAUCUCAAAAUUAUCAGAAUCAUCAAACAAAUGAAUAUCAUAAUGAUAAUAAGCUACAUCCUACUUCUGAAGAGAUUACAACGGUUAAAGAUCAAUACGCUUAUAAAUCAACUCAAAAUAUAGACAAAAUAGCAAUUUCUAAUAAUGAGCCUAAAUUAUAUCAACAACAGAACACAAUAUUUGAUUUAGCGUGUUAUGUUCCAAUGGUUAAUCGUAAUUAUGAGAUGCCAACUUUAGCUUCUAAAUUAAAAAGGACAAAUCGAUCAUAUUUUAACAGAUUUAAUUUUAGGAAUAUACCAUUUGUAGUGGGAACUUCAGUAACUCCUAGUCACAAUUUAGGAUUAAAUAUUCAACAAGUAUUAAGUAUUAUGAAAACAAGGCAACCAAAUACAACUGGAAUUACUCCAUUACUUAUACGUAAAGUAAGUAGAGGAUUAGAACCUGUAUCUACUCUUAUGAAUCAAAUGGUUAUUGAGAUGGGAAAUGAUCAUCACAUUGUUAGCAUAUUAGAGAACAAAUGUUUAUAUGAUGGUCAAUCGUCUUCAAAAUUUAUAAAACAGUCUCCAACAAUACAACCUCAAGUGAAACCGCAAAUUAUCGUACAGAGUGAAACUAAUUCUUGCAUUAACCUUGAUAACAUAGAAAAACAGAAAAUUCAAGCAGGAAGAGAAUCAAUCAAGGAUUACUAUUCUCCUGUAAAAAAUACUGCAACAAAAUUUACUUCCAAGUGUAAUUUCAAAAACUAUCCGCAAACAAUGCAUUCUGUUUCAAAAGAAGAGCACAAUACGGUGGACUUUAUUAAAUCUAAUUUCAAAUCAAAUAUACGAUUAUCUGAAUCAAAAGGAAUAAGAGAAGUCUUAAUGAAUCUUCAUAAUCAAUUUGAAGCAAUGAACGUGAAAUAUGAAAAUUUACGAAAAGAAGCAGAAAAUACUAAUGAUCAAUCAUUAAUGAACGAAAUCGUUACGCUCGAAAAAGAAUUGAAUUCCAAAGAAGAAGAAAUAAAUGCGUUGAUUAGUCUUUAUAAAGAGGUUAUGGCAUUGAAACAACAAAUGAAAAUAAUACAACAGAAAAAUAGUUUUGUAUGCAUUGAUACGAAGGUUCCCGCAACUGAUAAAAUGUAUUCUUCUACUCCGGUUAGUUUAAAUAAAACAAGCAAGAAUUGUACAAGAGAUGCAAUGCAUGUGUUCAGUAUGAAACGCCAAACUAUUACAAAUACUCCAAAAGAAGUUUCGACUUCAAUGAAACUUGCAGGUCUCUUAAGACAAAUUCAAAUGUUCCAAAAACAGCUCAAGCUCCUCUCUUAAUGAAUAAAUCAUCGAUGUCUUUGUUGUUAGAUACUUUGUUGAUAGCAUGUUCAGAGAAUGCGAUAUUUGAUUCUCGAGAUUUUUUCUGAUCCAUGUCAAUGUAUUUUGAAGUUGAUUUAAUAUUCAAUGCUUCAAGGAAAUUUUCUACACAAUAUUGCAUCGAUUUUAGGCAAAUACUGCUUAGUGGUUUAAAUUACUGUGAUUUAAAAACAUUCAAGAAAACAAUUAUUUUAUCGAUUUCUGGAGAAAUUAAAAAUACAGAUAAGGAUAUUCUCCACAUAGAUAAAAUGGAUGUUUUAGUUUUAAAAACACCAGGUAAUGUUUCAGUUAUAAUUACAUACAAAAUUAGCAGUUAAAUCCACGUUAAUAUUCUAUAUGUGUUGUCGCUAUUGGCUCUACAGGAGCGCAAUUUCUUCAAGAACAAUCUUGAAAAGGAUUUCAGCAAAAUUUAGAAAAAGAUUUCCAUGUCCUGCGCAGAUAGGAUACAGUGAUAUAGCGAAUUAUUACAAUGAAUUAUUAUAUACAGAUAUAAAAAGAGGAUAUGCAACAUAGGAAAAUUUUUAUAGUUGUAAUUAUACUAAAUAAAAUAGAAAUAAAUAUUGA